UCCAGUACUGAAUGAUUUACCAUUCUCCUUUUCCUUUUUGAUCUUUUCAUUUCACCUUUUAUACAUACAUACAUAUUGUACAUAACCUCUUUCCCCUCUGAAUCUACUGUUAAAAGUUUUUUGCUUUUCUCUCUCACUUCUGAUAUAUGAACAGUCCGAAGCUCGUUGUUUCCCUCAACCUUGUCCAUUUUGACGAUUAAGAUAUAUGAAGGCUAAGAAUUUUCUUGCUAUGCUCGCUAUUGGGUUUCUUUCUUUCACUGUAAGUAUAUGGUUCUUUCAUGGUCUCCCUGCUCUCAUCUAAAAUAUACUGAUCUCCACGUCCUUUCCCUUCAGCCUUAGAUUCAAUAUUUUACAAAUUCAUUGGGAUUAUUUGUGUUUUACUAGCUUUUUUAUUAAUCUUACUGUUUCUUUUCUGAAUACGUUAGAUUGACUGAUAAGACUAUAAUUAUCUGAAUCAAAGCAAUUAGCACAAGUCCAUCUUGUACAGAACAGAGUGAAAAAUGCAGAUCAAGCAUCUGAGCCAUGAGCAUCCCUUGGUCCUUAUUGAUAAGGAAAAUUUCGUUGAACAAAAUUGCUCAAAAUGCCAAGAGAAUAUCUUGGGUCCGAUUUAUAGUUGCCAGAAAUGCAACUACUUUAUGUGCAAAUCCUGUGUUGGAUAUCCACACCAGAUUCAUCAUCUCAGCCACCACCAUCCCUUGACCCUUAGAGAUAUGAAGGUCGGCGAAACCAAGCACUGCAAGGGCUGCUUCGAACGCAUAUCCAAGCAAGCUUAUAACUGCUCGGAUUGUGGGUUUCAACUCCACAAAUCAUGUGCUGAUUUACCAAACAAGAUAAGCCAUCCAUCUCAUCCAACACAUUCUUUGACCCUCCUCUACAAACACCCCAUAGAAGACACCUUUAACUGCCACCAUUGCAAAAAGACUAAACCUGGAUUCACCUUGUGCUGUGUUCAAUGUAAUAUAUACCUUGAUGUUCAUUGCGCCUUCAGUCGAAUUGAGGUCAUAACUGAGGAAGUCCGCCUUUCUUAUUUCUCGGGUCGCUUUUUGUCUCAGGGUGAGUUUGAAAUUUUCUCUCAUCGCCACAGAUUGAAUCAUGAGAGCGCUUACAAGUGCAAGCAAAAGUGUCCAGCUUGCAAACUGGCGAUUGCAGAUUAUAGUUCAAUGUAUCGUUGCCCAAAAUGUGUGUAUACCAUCCAUGACAAGUGUGCUUUCUUAUCGCAAACUCUUGAGCAUCCUUCCCACCCAAACCAUUCCCUCACUCUCCUUGUUGAAUCACCCUAUGAAUCUUUGGGAGAUUUUUGGUGUAAUGGGUGUUACAGAGACAUAGGUGGGUUUACAUAUCAUUGCUCCGAAUGUAAAUUUGAUCUGGAUGUUCAAUGUGCUUCGUUUAUGCCAAGCAUGAAAUAUGAGUAUCAUGACCACCCUCUUACUCUCUUUGAGAAGACAACUCAUGACUUUUGGUGUGACGCGUGUGGAACCAACUGCAGCAAGAAUUUCUACCGUUGCGUUGAUUGCGAUUUCAAUGUCCAUGUCCAAUGCGUUCUGUUGCCGAGUUCUCUUAAACAUGGAUGUCACAAGGACCCUCUUAAGCUUACCAAAUAUAUUACUACUGGAAAAGACACAGAGGUGUUUUAUUGCCAUGCCUGCGAGAAAGAAAGAAACACGGAUCUUAACGUGUAUUGUUGCAUCGAUUGUGACUUCAUUUCCGAAAUUGAAUGCGUUUUUCCUGGGGUUAUACCUCCUUCAAAACAAGUCUCAAAGAGGAAAAUUGUUGAGGACCUUGCCCGUGAACACGAGCUUGCCUCUGCAGUCCAGCCAGAGGAGACGCCAGAGCUCGAGGAAGAGAUAGAAAUGCUAACAACUAAAUUGGAGGCACUCAAGUGGAAGCUGAAGGGCGAACCAGCAGAACAUGUUGCAUCUGCAAUUUUAAAUCUGAAGAAGGUAAUCUCGAGUGAGCAUUCUAUAUGUGAAAGGGAAACCACAAGAAUGGAGGCUGCACUUUUAACUAUUAAAAGCAUUAUCUCAAGUUGGAUUUGGAUCCCAAACUGGAGAGGGACUGGUUGAUUUAUGAAACAGUUCAAACAUCUGCAAAUACUUCUAGCUUGCAUUGUGGUUACUUUCAUUGUCUUGUUUCAGCUAAUGAGUGGUUGAAUAAAAUCUUUGGCCUGCAACUGCUGGGAUGGAAGCUUUUUUAAAUGCCUCAUGUAUCCUUGAAUACAUAUAAAAACAAAAUGGUCUUUGCUGUCUCGUGAUGAAACUAUACUUGAAUACAAACUCAUGUGGGUUUUGUUUAUUCGAAACAUGUUGGUUUUUUCUGCA